AUGAUUGUAUAUAUUUUACAUUAUUUUAUAUUACUUAUACUUGUUUUUUAUAAAAAUAUUGAAUCUAUUAAAUGUUUUUGUAAAAAUGCAGAUUGUGAUGAUUCAAUAACAUGUAACGGAGAUUAUUGUAUAGUCGGAUUAGGUGGAAAACCUGGACAAAGCACAUUAGACCAAAAAUGUAUUUAUCAUGAUGAAGAUAGACCUGAAGGAUGUUCACAAAAUUGGAAUGGAUUUACAGAGAUAGCCGACAACAAGAGGAAAUGGAACAUUUUCAAUCAUCCGGUGGAAAGAAAACACUUUCAAAUUAUAAAUCAACAGGAAGUAAUCAAUAUCAUAAAAAGAAACAUUCAACACAAAGCAAUAGUUUAA